AUGGCAUAUGAAAAGGCCAUUCCACUACAAACCGCGGCUGCUACAAAGCGAGCUGAGGUCACGUCGGGCACUAUGGAUUCGGGCGACGCUACUGUUGCUAUGUAUUUCAUAUCCACGCCAGAUGACAGGAAGGACGGAGAGAGCCUGGAGCAGAUGUUAACCCCUCGCUUAGUUGACGCAAUCCGCUCUUGCUGCCAGGAUCGAGUUUGGGGACUGAUUUGCAACGUCGGUGCUGUUUCUGGCCAGUUCGACUUGAACCCUUAUUUUGGCGGCGCAAAUAUGCCCCAAUACGCACUUGUCUACAAACUCUUUCUUGCUGGCCCUGAGUUGGUUCCCCUGGUAAGGAAGGCCCAGGCACAGUUUGAGAAGCAUGCUGCAGAUGAGUCCAUGAUCGACCCGCACAAAUCCUUCAUCCUAUUUUUACAAGAAGCUCUUGUUAUGGAUGUUGGAAAGGGAGUAACGUUCAGCUACAAUCGUCAGCCAUUUUUUGGAGACCUACCUGGUCCGCCUCGCCUUGACUAG